GCAGAAACAGGGCUUGGUUCUGUCAGACUUCAUCCACAUAAAAAUCCCAGGCUGCCAUUGGGAGAGCCUGUCGGCAAGAGCGAACAGGACGCAGACGCAGGAGAUAUCGCAGGAAGGCUCCGACGAACGCAGCGUCCAUCACUUUAGCUGAUGUAACCCAGACAGCGUUUGUUGGAGUCAGUUUAUUUUACAAUAGCAACAACAACAACAAAAAAAGAGAAACAAAAGGAGGCGAGAAAAUGGGACAUACCGCAAUACCUAUAUUGAUGGCUGUAUUGUCCUACUGCGUGUGGGAAAACGUCGAGGCCCUUUCCAUGACUGAGGUGAAUGGACCGGGCCCCCAGGAGGUAGAGCCGCAGAUUGCCAUGUUCUGUGGCCGUCAGCUUCUGCACAUGAACCUACAGACUGGCCAGUGGGAGCCAGAUCCUCAGGGUCGCCAGGGUUGCUUCAAAGAGCCCAGUGAAAUCCUGUCCUACUGUCAGGAGGUAUACCCAGAACUUCCGAUUUCCCACAUAGAGGAGUCAAAAAGACCUGUCACUAUCCAUUCCUGGUGUAAGAAAGGUUGGGGCCGCUGUCAGGCACACCCCUUCAUAGUCCUGCCCUACCGCUGUCUAGAGGGCGACUAUGUGAGCGAGGCCCUGCUGGUGCCCGACCGAUGCCGUUUCCUCCACCAGGAGCAGAUGGAUUCUUGCGAGAGUCUUGAGUACUGGCACAACAUCGUUAAGGAGGAAUGUGUUGCAGACAAUCUGGAGCUCCACAGCUAUGGGAUGCUGUUGCCAUGUGGUGACAAGUUUCGAGGGGUCGAGUACGUGUGCUGCCCAGGCCGAGGGAGCUCCAGUGGUAAAGUAGAGACAGAGGAAAGAGACAUCCUCGCCAAUCUUCAGACAUUCACAUCCCAGACCAGUGGAAAACUCAAUUCAGUCACCAAAGUGACAGGCCCAACACAAAGCCCCUCACCUGACACAGAUGUGGAUGAGGCCGAUAUGGAAGAGGAGGAUGAUGAAGUGGUGGAGGAACAGGAUGAGGAAGAGGAGGAGGAAGUUGAUGAGGACGAGGCAGAAGAAGAGGAGGAAGAGGAGGCAAUAGCUGUGAAAGAUCCAGAGGACUAUGAAUACCCCAUUGACUCAGGUCCUUACCAGACAUCAGACUAUCUGGACUCCUUCUUCUACGAGAAAAGCCACAAACCCACCACCUCUGCACCUCUGAUGAAGGGAGACAGCUUGACUACUCCUCGGCCCACAGAUGGCGUUGAUGUUUAUUUUGAGAAGCCGGUGGAUGAUACUGAGCAUGCCAACUUCCUGCGUGCCAAAACAGACCUGGAGGAGCGUAGAAUGAAGCGCAUCAAUGAGAUCAUGAAGGAAUGGGCAGAGGCAGACAACCAGUCAAAGAAUCUGCCAAAGUCAGAGAGACAGGCCCUGAAUGAGCACUUUCAGUCUGUGCUGCAAACACUGGAAGAACAGGUUGCUGGUGAGAGGCAGAGGCUUGUGGAGACUCAUCUUGUCAGAGUGGAGGCCAUACUCAACAACAACCGCCGCCUGGCCCUGGAGAACUACCUGACUGCUGUACAGUCUGAUCCCCCUCAGCCGGAGCGUGUGCUGCAGGCUCUGAAGCGAUACAUGGCCGCAGAGCAGAAGGACCGCAGACACACUCUCAGGCAUUACCAGCAUAUUGUGGCUGUCGACCCCCAGAAGGCUGAGCAGAUGAAAUUCCAGGUGUACACACACCUCCAUGUAAUUGAAGAGAGGAUGAACCAGAGUCUUGCACUGCUGUACAAGGAUCCUUCCUUGGCUGAGGAGCUGCACAAUGAUAUCCAGGAGCUGGUAAAGGCAGAAAGGGGAGACAUCAGUGAACUCAUGACCACCUCCUUCUCUGAGACCCGCACUACUGAAGAGCUUCUGCCGGCAGAGAGUGAGGAGGAAAAGGAUGAUGAGGAGGAAGAGGAGAGAGCUUUCCAGAACAGGCCUUAUCCUCCCCGCAUUGAAUUGCAGUCUAACAAGAAAGUGUCUGCAGUCGAUGAAUAUGAUUAUACCACAUCUGAGAGAGGCCCUACUUAUGAAUAUGAGGAAAAGAUCAACACCUCUGUGGAGCUCAAGCAGGUUGUCAACAAGCCUCCAGAGAUUGAGAGAGAUGAACUGCAACCUGAUGCCUUGGAGACGUUUAACCGUGGUGCCAUGGUGGGGUUGCUGGUGGUGGCGGUGGCAAUCGCCAUGGUGAUGGUGAUCAGCCUGCUGCUGGUGCGCAGGAAGCCAUACGGCACUAUCAGUCAUGGCAUCGUAGAGCAGGUCGACCCCAUGCUGACACCAGAAGAACGACAGCUCAACAAAAUGCAAAACCAUGGCUAUGAAAACCCUACCUACAAAUUCUUUGAACAGAUGAACUGAGGUACAGGGGCUGCCAACAAGUCAUGCCUGCCCCCAACCCUCCCCCCCCCCCCCC